AUGACGAGUACACCGAAAAACUUUCGUUCAAUUUGUACGAAAAUUAUUUGCGUUGGACGGAAUUAUAGUGAACAUGCAAGCGAAUUGGGCAAUACUGUACCAACGAAGCCAAUAAUUUUCAUGAAACCACCAAGUGCAUUUGUUAUUGAACCGAAUGAUAUCAAAAUUCCAUCCGAAUGGGAUGAAGUUCAUCAUGAAGUUGAAUUAGGUGUUAUUAUUGAUAAGAAAUGUCAAAAUGUUUCGAAAGAAGACGCUGCAGAAUAUAUUGCAGGUUAUUGUCUAGCACUUGAUAUGACAUCAAGAAAACUUCAAAAUGAAUUGAAAGAUCAAGGUCUUCCAUGGUUACUUGCUAAAGGCUUUGAUACAUCGUGUCCAUGCGGCGAUUUUAUUGAUAAAAAUGAAAUCAAUCUAUCUUCAUCGGUUAAUCUUUGGCUUAGCGUCAAUGGAACCAUGAGGCAAAAUGGUCAUACGCGUGAUAUGAUUUUUUCGGUACCAGAUUUAAUUGCUUUUAUUUCAAAAUAUAUUACACUUGAACAUGGCGAUUUAAUUUUAACUGGUACACCGGCUGGUGUUGGAGCAGUCAAGAGAGGAGAUCACAUCGAAGCUGGAAUCAAUGGAGAAAAUGAUUUAAAAUAUACAAUGAAAUUUAAUAUUGCAUAG